CGAACACAACACGAGACUUCACCGACUGUCAUGGCGUCUCCCUUGAAGGGGGUUUGGUACUGGAGAAAGUAGUCGCUGUCAUUUUUCAUUUUCUCCGUCGUGUAGAGCAGCUAACCCCGACUGAACAGACUUUUAGGAGCGGGCAUUUACCAUGGGGACUGUCCAUGCUAAGAGUCUGGAUCCUCUCCCGAUGCAUGGCCGGGACUUGGGCGUCAAUGCUGACGACUGGGUGGAGCCUCCAGAGCCAGAGCAGGAGGCCAAGCAGGAGAUCCUUGAAAACAAAGAUGUGGUUGUCCAACAUGUCAACAUCCAGGGUCUUGGAAGAACUAAAGAGGAUCUGCUCGGCUACGAGAUCUCUGACGUCUUCCACGCCAAAAACCUAAUUGAUGUGAUGAAAAAAGCUCACGUUGCCAGGCAGAGGCUGCUCCGCCUGGGAAUCUUCAAUGAGGUGGAGGUUCUUAUUGAUACAUCUGAAGGUGCAGACGCUUUGCCCAAUGGUCUAGAUGUAACCUUUGAGGUGACAGAGAUCAAGAGACUGACGGGAAGCUACAACACCAUGGUCGGCAACAAUGAAGGAAGCAUGGUGCUGGGUCUGAAACUUCCCAACAUGUUCGGUCGAGCUGAGAAACUCACCUUCCAGUUCUCCUAUGGGACCAAGGAGACAUCCUACGGCCUGUCGUUUUUCAAGCCCCAGCCCGGACAUUUUGAACGCAACCUCACACUCAACAUGUACAAAGUUACCGGUCAGUUCCCAUGGAGCUCCUUAAAAGAGACUGACAGAGGCCUGUCUGCAGAACUAAACUUUCCUCUCGGAAUGACAAACCACACACUGAAGUGGGAGGGUGUAUGGAGGGAGCUGGGCUGCCUGGCCCGCAGCGCUUCCUUUGCCGUGCGAGAGGAGAGUGGACACUCGCUGAAAUCUGCUCUCUCGCACACUGUGUCAAUUGACUCAAGGAAUUCUGCCAUUUUCCCGAGCAGAGGUGCGUUACUCCGGAUCAACCAGGAGCUGGCUGGAUACACUGGAGGAGACGCCAGCUUCUUGAAAGAGGAUUUUGAGCUGCAGCUUAACAGACGGCUCUUCUGGGACUCAGUCUUGUCAGCUUCUCUGUGGGGUGGAAUGCUUUAUCCUAUUGGAGGACAACCAUCAUGCAUUGCUGACAGGUUCUACCUUGGAGGUCCCACCAGUGUACGAGGAUUUGGGAUGUACAGCAUUGGGCCACAAAGUGAAGGAGAUUAUCUGGGUGGAGAGGCGUACUGGGCAGGAGGCCUGCACCUCUACACCCCUCUGCCCUUCAGACCAGGCAAGGGUGGUUUUGGAGACCUUUUCAGGACACAUUUCUUUCUCAAUGCUGGCAACCUCUGUAACCUCAACUACGGUGAGGGUCCCCGGGCGCACCUUCAGAAGCUAGCCGAGUGUAUUCGCUGGUCGUAUGGAGCAGGCAUCGUGCUGCGGCUUGGAAACAUUGCCAGACUGGAGCUCAACUACUGUGUGCCCAUGGGAGUUCAGAGUGGGGACAGGAUAUGUGAUGGUGUCCAGUUUGGAGCGGGAAUUCGCUUCCUGUAACCUCACCACUCCACUGAUUUCACUCCUUCACCAGAGGCUGUGCUGUGAAAAAGGGAAAACGUCUCGUUUGUCACCUGUAACUUGUUGUAGAAUAUGUAACACUAGCAUGGGUCCUACAUCCUGGGGAAAUGUGCCUGAGUCCCACAACCCUCCUUUGAUAUGCCCUCCUUUGCAGGACAAAGUGCCAGUGCUGGGUCAUAUUAUUAGGGACACUUAAUCCAAAUUGAAGGUGCUUUCAUCGAUGUGAGUGUUUAAAGUAACCAGGUAUAAGAUUUAUUUAGCAGCAGCCACAAGACAUGACAACAACUCUGGUGAAAAUUCAAUCAUUGGACAUCUUUGAACAAACUCUACUGCUCCUCUUUCCUGUGUUUGAAAUCUCCAGCACUGGCACAUUGUCUUACAGAAGAGUCACCACCGUGUUUCCUAUGGUGACACAAAGUUAAUUAUUUAUCUGAAUGUUAAAGAGAUUUGGGCAUGUUCCCUGUUUGCCUUGAAGGACUGCUUCUUAUCCAGGAGCAAAAAGUGAGUGAAAUGAACACCGUGCAGUCCUCUGACCUAAUGGGUUUGGUUGAGCUGUACUGUGAUUGAAUGGUCGCAGUAGCAGCAAGGGAAUGAACCGAGAGAAACCAGCACUUUUUUAAUCCAAACAGCGGCGUAGGAAGGGGAAUCGGCCCUCAUGCCAAAGUGGAUCAUUCAAUCGUUGUGUGAUGCUGAGAACAGGGGGUUAGAAUUAAUGUGUUGGGCAGGCAGCAGAGGUGGGAACCUCCUCCCCUGAGCAACAUCCACCACCAGUGCUCUUACCUUUAGUCCUCUUUUUGAUGUUGGUGAAACUCUUCACAAAUAAACCACACUCUCUCCCCUG